GCAUAACUUUCGGUCUGUCCAUAGAGAUACGCCACAACAAUCAAUUGCAUAUAACGACUAUGGAGCGAAGCCUACUGCAAUGCACGCGUCUCUUUUCAAGAUGUACAGCGCAGACAUCAUGUCGUAGUCUGCCAAAACAUAAGCCCUCGGCCGUCGCAUCAGCACGACAAGCACGCUUCCUACACACGACACGCCCCGCCCUUCUCCAAUCCAAACCUCCCAAAACGCGCGAUCGCGGCCCCAAAAGUGAUGAAGACACACAGACUGACUUCAGCGCUCUCGACGUCCUCCGAAAUACAGUUGCGCCUGCUACGUCAAUCGAUGCCUGCACAGGCGAUGGCUUCGCACUCAACAAUCAGAUGCGCAUUAGCGGGUGCGGAAUUCUCUUAAUAGGCGGUGAAGCAUAUCGAUGGCAGCCAUGGCUACGCGAAGGAAGGAAAGAAGGUACUGUUGCUGGAGGAGGCACAGGAGAUGAUAUGAUGACGGGCAGACUGCUGAAUGCAAAGGGCCAAUGGGAAGUGCAGGAGCGGGCUUGGGGAGUGCUGGAGUUGCUAUAUCCAAAGCCUGAUCUGCUCAUCGUCGGCACCGGCCCCAACACUAUCCCCCUUGCGCCUGCGGUUCGCAAAUACCUCAACGAUUUGGGCAUACGACUAGAAGUUCAAGAUACUAGGAACGCGGCCGCGCAGUUCAACCUACUCGCAACGGAAAGGGGUGUAGGGCAGGUCGCAGCAGCGCUUAUACCCAUAGGCUGGAGAGAGGGCCGAGGGAUUUCGCACUAACCGUAGUAUACAAUCAUCUCAUCACAAUUCCUCAGAAAUCUCACGCCUUGGUGGCUCACAGCUAUCCUAGAUGACAAUCUGCAUGAUAGCGAACAUCCAUACAGCAAAGAUGCCCAGCCCGUAUGGGCGUCAUGGAAGACAAAGAUUCGUCUUGUCUCUGCAGAAGAGGCGACAGGAAGGUCCAGCGACCCGCCACUGUAUAAGGACACGAGCGGGUGAGUCGGCGAUCUUGUAAGACAUACUUACCAAGUUGAACACAUUUAUUGUAUUAUAUUAUUUGCAGACAUUCCAUUGUUCUUGGGGGCCCGAAAAUCAACUUCUGUACCCGACCUUCCUUUCGUACAUUUUCUCUGUCAUUGUCAUCGCUAUCUUUAUCUACUUAGCUACGGGAUAUCUCGCGUUUGUUCGCGUACCCACUCGCGCCCGAG